CAGGCUGCUGCCAUGUACAGAUCACGAAAGGGGUUGUGCUUCUUUCACCCGCCUAGACGAAUCACUGCGCAGCCUUCCUACAUAAAAUGAACGUCUCUAGUAGACUUCACCCAGGAACACCUAUAGUGCCAAGAGCGCAGUCAACAGGAGCUGAACCAACACUAAUGCAGCCACGGAAAGUCAACAGCGAGGUGCGCAAGCAGCAGAACAGGAUAGCGUCACGUAAUUACCGAGAGAAGCGCAAACGCAAGCUCCAACAGCUCCAACAACUCCUCGAAGAUGAUGAUCCAAGCGAACUACAGACGCGUACAAGGUCGAAAAGUCCUUAUGAAGACCGCUCAUGCUCCGAAUCGGUUGGAUAUGAGCGCUCUAUAGCAAGUUCCUCUCCUCACAUUGCCACUGUGUUAGGCAAUUUAGAAUCACCGCACCUCGAUCAUACAGCGACUGCCAACCAGACGUGGAGCGAGACGCCUUUCAUACCAUCUAUCGAGCAGCCAUUACGCCCUGUAACGUGUCUGCAAUCACUAUCCUACAAUAUGGGUACACCCACUGCCACAAGCUAUCCGGUUUGGAGCACAAUACCAUCAGUUGCCAGCACGGGGUACGUCACAACAGACCCCGCGCAUCAAUCAAUGUACUCGUCACGAGCGUCCAUUUGGCCAUCUUUUGAAUGCUUUUAUUCUGGCUCAGUGCAUCAACAGACGAACAUACCUAGUACGGUCUCAUAUGCGACUUUAUGGCAACACAAUACAAGCGAGGACGUCCCAGCUGGUAUUGCUAUAGAUCCACAUGGGUGGAGAUACUAUACAUACGGCCCCUCAUGAAACUCCUGUAUGGUGUGCGAAAAAAGUAGUAGACUCAAUAGCUCCCAGAAGUAUACGCUCCUACUACUGAAUCACCACGGCCGUGUGUAUGUAUCAUCGGCUCUGUCACGUAUAUCUCACCCCCA